AUGACUUUGACAGUUGAUAAUGCAAGUUCGAAUGACACUGCUGUUGCUUAUCUUUUAAAGAGAUUCAAUAAAGGAUUAUUGUUUGGUGGGGAAUUUCUGCGUGUUCGUUGUUGUGCCCAUAUAUUGAAUCUUAUAGUAACUGAUGCUUUUAAGGAACAUAAUGAUUGUAUUGAUAGGAUUCGAUAUGCUGUGCGAUUUAUAAGGUCUUCUCCUGCUCGUUUUUUGAAAUUUAAAAAGUGCAUUGAACUUGAAAAAAUUGCUUGUAAGAGUUAUGUGUGUCUUGAUGUUCCUACAAGAUGGAACUCCACAUAUAUGAUGCUUGAAGCUGCUGUUAAGUUUGAAAAAGCUUUUGAUAGAUUAGAAGAUGAAGAUGCCUCGUAUAGACAUGAUAUGUCACCGAAUAAGGAAGAUUGGACAAACGCUAGGAUGUUAAUACGAUUUUUAAAAGUAUUUUAUGAUGUCACAUUAAAGAUUUCAGGUUCUUUGUAUACUACUUCGAACUUGGUUUUCCAUCAGAUUACAGUGGUUCAGAAUUGUAUACGUUUGAAUGCGGGUAGUGCAAAUGCAUUGUUAGUUGGAAUGGCUAAUAACAUGAAGGCAAAAUUCGAGAAAUAUUGGGGAAACAAUGAAAAGAAUAAUUUGUUGUUGUAUGUUGCUAUUGUGUUGGAUCCUCGAAAGAAAUUAAGAUUUGUAUCUUUUUGUUUGAAAAAUUUUUUUAGUCCCGAGGUUGCUGAAUCCAUGGGAAAUGUAGUGGAACAAUAUUGUAGACGUCUCUUUCAUGAGUAUAGUACUACUCGAAGUGGGAGUAGACAAGGAUGUAGUAGUACUAGUACAACUAGUACACAAAUUGUUUCAGGCUUGGAUGUUAAUAUUGAUUUUGAUUCGAAUGAAAAUGUGGGGGAAGAUUUUGUCUACGACACGAUUGUUGAGGAAUUUGAAGAUGAUUCUACUACACCUUUCGAAUAG